AAGUUCGGAUUAGCGUAGGAAGCGGGCAAGGUACAGACGUUCGUUAUGGUGAUCUGUCAGCCUAGGAUAUCCGUUCUACUGUUUGAAGUGCUCCCUUGAUCCGGAGCCAUACUUUUGGUACAGUUCCAUCUGUUGUAUAUAUUUAUGUAUGUGUGACUAUUCAGGGGUACGGCGGGGCCCUAUCCCGUCAUAUGAUUCUGUUGUCUUUGUUAGAGGCCUGUAGACAUGAAUGUGGGUCAUGGGUCGUUUUGUCCGGAUAUGCUAAUAUGGUUUACGUCUGGCAUUUCUCUAAUCUACAAUAAUCUGAUCGGUUUGUGUACUAUGUUAUAAGUAACGAUAUAAGUGAUAUGUUGCUUAGUUUGCACGAAAGUCCUUAAUAUGUUAAAUACAAGUAAAUUUUGGUUAGUAAGUAUGUACGAGUGCCCAUCUCGGGCACUAGUCACGGCCUACGGGGUUGGGUCGUGACACUCAGUCACUUGCUCGCUUGGAAAUCUGAGUGAUUUAUUAUUUUAUUGUUGCAUACAAGAAAGCAUUCUUGAAGCAGCUAGGUAAAUCCAUCUUCAUGUGUUAGGUCUUAUACAUUUUUUAGGCUAAGGUUAGUCAUAUUUGUGUGAAUGACAGCUCAAAGAAAAAAAAAGACAAGGAAGGGAGGCAACCAUUAUUUUUAGAGCAUUGGUCUGGCCUUCCAGAAUCCUCGAGAGGCUGUUGAAGAUUGGCUAUGAUGCUUCCCAGUUCAUUGGACCACUUAUUCUAAACCAACUCUUACAGCAGUAAGUACGAAAUUUGUGAUUAUGACAAGAAGUGGGAUAGAGGCCAGAAUCUUGAUGAUAGGAUAUGCAAGGAGCACAAUUUAUUAUUUAAGUUGGUGCUUCAUGUAUUGGAGGCCAGUAGGGAUGUAAUAAGGAUAUCCUUAUUUGUUCUGAUCGUGCAGCAGGCUUGCGUGAGUCUAUGCAACGAGGUGAUCCAGCAUGGAUAGGCUACGUCUAUGCAUUCACGAUUCUUAUUGGAGUGGUGUUUGGUGUUCUCUGUGAAGCUCAGUAUUUUCAGAAUGUCAUGCGUGUUGGAUUUCGCCUAAGAACUACUUUGCAAAUGUGUCAGUCACUUCAUACUAUUUGGUCAGCUCCUCUUCGGAUUAUUGUUGCUUUGGUUCUUCUUUACCAGCUAUUGGGGGUUGCAGCACUUCUUGGUGCACUUAUGUUGGUUCUUAUGUUUCCAGUACAGAAUCAAUAUCAACAUUCAAAGGCGGAGUUUCUUCGUACUCAGCCACCCGACACACAACUGACAGAAGAACAAAUGGAGGAAAGGUGGCUUCAGAGUGUUGGUGGUCACACUAGUUUAAUGUUUUGUGGAUGUUUGCAAAGGUUGUGAAGUAGUUUAAUGUUGUGUAGAUAUUUGCAAAUGUUGAAGUAGCUUAAUGUCUCUUUGGAAUGUUUGAAUGACGUUUUGAUUCAACUUUGAAGUAGUUUCGAAUUGAAUUUGUCGUAUUGUUGGUUGUAAUAUAUGUGUUUGUUGAAGUAGCUUAAUGUUUUAUGUUUUUCA